AUGGAAGCUGAUAGAGCAUUUUUCGACUUUGAUAUUAAUAAACCUAGGUUGCUACGUUUAAAUCACAGGCCUAGGAAGAUUGAAAAUGUUAAAAUUGACUCUUCAUUCUUUUGGGCAAUGAUGGUUAUCAUUGUCAUGUGCAUUUCUUGAAUUGUCUGAUGAAUUGUUGUAAGAAUUAUUUCAAAUCGUCGCUCAAUCCGAAGAAAAUUACGAAAGUAUGGAAUUAUCGUUGGUGAACCCUCUAUGGCUGUAAUUAAACAAGAAGAUAGUAAUUUUCAUUCAGGACGAAAAUAAAAUAACUCGUCGAAGAAUAAAUAGUGCUCAACCUCGAACCAAAAGGAGAAGGAGAAGUCAUCACCCUCAAAGAAGCUCUCGUGACUCUCAAGUCCCACAAUUAAAUGAGUUACAGGCUUAUGGUCACUACACUCCUAAUAUUCUAUCCCCUAUCGAACGAAAUCAUCAGAACAAGAGAAGACCAAGAUCUGGAUCAAGAAUUUCUCCAAGAUCUCCCUCAUCACAAAAAUCACACAAAUCAAGAAGAUCCGCAAGGCCUGCUCUAAACCUCUACGACUGCUACGACACCAAUCACCUACCAAUGCUAGACUCCAGGUACAACAACUACUUAAUCUAACUAAAUCUAACUACUAAAUAAUUUCCAUCUGAC